GGCACGUCCAGGUCAGAGACUCAGAAACAACGGUCGCCGUCGCCGCCGCCGCAUGUUUUAAGGCCGGAUUUCUCCCACCGACAGCCUGGGCCCACGCACCCCCCGAGAGAGGGGUGGGCCCCGCGUCUCCACCUCCCGGAGCCAAUGGCAACCCAAGCCGCCGGCUCGGUCGGUCGCCCCGCCGGCGUUCCUCCUCCCCACCAGCUCAGCCCUCAGCCACCAACCACGCGCGCGCGCCGCCGUCUCGUCUCCGGUCCCCUCGGCGCGCGACCACCCAACCACCUCGACCCUCGGCGGCGCGCAAGGGCGGCGGCGGCGGCGGCAGGCGGCUGACCGCGAAUGGAGCUCCUCCCGCGUGUGGGUGUGGCCGCCCCCGGUCCCGGACGCGGCGGCGCGUCGCCGUCCCCGACGCGCCGUCAUCGCGCGCCCUCUCACCCCAUUCUGAAGCGAUCGGCGGCGGUUUGCGGCGCAGUCGCCGUCUGCAGAGGAGGGGCUGUCGCCAGGAGGAGCCGGUGGUCAACUCUGGUGACCGCAGCAUAUUACACAGGAACUGCUGAACUGGUCGACUUUAACUGGGAAACUCUUGGGUUUCAACCCGUGCCGACUGACUUUAUGUAUGUGAUGAGAUGUUCCGAGGAAGGGGUGUUCACCAAGGGUGAAUUGGUGCCAUAUGGGCCAAUAGAACUGAACCCAGCAGCUGGAGUGUUGAAUUAUGGUCAGGGUUUACUUGAAGGUCUGCGAGCACAUAGAAAAGAGGAUGGAUCAGUCCUUCUAUUUCGUCCUGAUGAAAAUGCUUUACGGAUGAGAGUAGGCGCAGACCGGUUAUGUAUGCCUGCACCAAGUGUAGAGCAGUUCCUAGAAGCUAUAAAGCUAACAAUUUUAGCAAACAAGCGCUGGGUACCCCCUACUGGCAAAGGUUCUUUAUAUAUCAGACCGCUGCUGAUUGGAAGUGGGGCUAUCCUCGGUGUUGCACCAGCCCCAGAGUACACAUUUGUUGUCUUUGCUUGCCCAGUUGGGCACUAUUUUAAGGAUGGCUUAUCUCCAAUCAGCUUGUUAACCGAGGAAGAAUAUCAGUGUGCGGCACCAGGUGGAACUGGUGAUAUAAAGACUAUCGGAAAUUAUGCUUCAGUAAUUACCUUUUCUUUUCUACAAGCCGUUUAUGCUAAAGAAAGAGCUAAGGAGAGAGGUCAUUCUGAUGUUCUUUACUUGGAUCCAGUGCAUAAAAAGUUUGUUGAGGAACUUUCGUCCUGUAAUAUAUUCAUGGUGAAGGACAACAUUAUUUCUACUCCACUAUUAACGGGAACAGUUCUUCCUGGCAUCACAAGAAGAAGUAUAAUUGAAUACGCCCGUAGCCUUGGAUUUCAGGUUGAAGAGUGUCUUAUUACAAUAGAUGAGUUGCUUGACGCUGAUGAAGUUUUCUGUACUGGAACUUCUGUGGUACUAUCCUCUGUUGGUUGCAUAGUGUACCAGGGGAGAAGAGUGGAGUAUGGGAACCAGAAGUUCAGAACUGUGUCUCAGCAACUCUAUUCAGCACUUACGGCUAUCCAGAAAGGCCUCGUGGAGGACAGUAUGGGAUGGACUGUGCAACUGAAUUAGUAGCCUGGUCGUUAUGGACGGUCUUAAGGUUCUUCCUGUCAAAUAGUGCUUUCUUGUUUGAAGCAGCAAUAAAGAAAUUCACCGAAUUUUCUCAUUUCAGGCAGUAUAGAAUAGAGAAUCACCUCUUGUGCAUAUGCAGGUACACACAGUAUACAAAUAAUCUGGGGCCCAGAGAUAGAGAAGCAUGAACUGUUUCUUCUGACUCUAUUACCUUUCUUACUGACCAUACUUCCAGUGUAAAUAAGUGCUCCUUGCUUAUCCGAGGCCAUAUUCCGUGCAUCAAUUCGGCCCAUAACUUUGUCGUCAGCUUGUCUCAUGUGUAUUCAGGACAAAAUUAUUGGCACUAUUUAUUGGACAAUUAGGUGUGUGCGUAUGGAACAUUGCUUGAUUAUAUUUUGUCAGGUGGCAUCACGGCAGGCAUGAAACCAUGCUUGCCAAGUUGCCGAUAAUGAAUUUAAUGACUACA